GGAAAACCAUACCCCGAGUAAGAAGGCAGUAAAAAACAACAAAGAGCCAAUAAUAAAAGAAGCUCAUCAUCUUUUACCAAAAAGAAGAAGCUCAUCAUCAUCAUCUUGGUCUCUUUAGCCCUCCGCGCUACGCCACCGACAGAGAGACAGACACGGCCCCGGAACUCGCGGCAGCUUCCUCGGAUUUCACUCACGGAUUCGGAGGAAGUUGUUGUUUGAAAUGUCUGUGGACUCGAGCGCCGUUGUAGCUGAUCAUGGUCCUCGUACAAACUUCAGAGGAGUGCCCACUCAUGGCGGCCGAUAUGUGCAGUACAAUAUCUAUGGAAACCUUUUCGAAGUCUCAAGAAAGUAUGUGCCCACCAGGCCGGUGGGACGUGGCGCAAAUGGCAUCGUCUGUGCGGCAAUGAACUCUGAGACAAAUGAGGAGGUUGCUAUAAAGAAGAUUGGGAAUGCGUUUGACAAUAGGAUAGAUGCCAAAAGGACACUCCGGGAGAUAAAGCUUCUCAGCCACAUGGAUCAUGAUAAUGUGAUUGUUAUUAAAGACAUCAUAAGGCCUCCUCAGAAGGAAAACUUCAAUGAUGUCUACAUUGUUUAUGAACUGAUGGAUACUGAUCUUAACCAGAUUAUUCGCUCCAACCAGCCUUUGGCUGAUGAUCACUGUCGGUACUUCCUUUAUCAAAUAUUGCGCGGGCUUAGGUAUAUUCAUUCUGCAAAUGUGUUGCACCGGGAUCUAAAACCUAGCAAUUUGUUUCUGAAUGCUAAUUGUGACCUGAAGCUUGGGGAUUUUGGUCUUGCUAGAACGACAUCUGAGACAGACUUCAUGACUGAAUAUGUUGUAACUCGAUGGUAUCGUGCACCAGAACUGCUCUUGAACUGCUCAGAGUACACGGCCGCCAUUGAUAUUUGGUCAGUAGGUUGCAUCCUUGGUGAAAUCUUGACAAGACAGCCCCUUUUCCCUGGAAAAGAUUAUGUUCAUCAGUUAAAACUUAUCACAGAGCUGAUUGGAUCUCCGGAUGAUGCCAGCCUUGGAUUUCUCCGUAGUGAUAAUGCCCGCCGAUAUGUUAGACAACUUCCACAGUAUUCAAGGCAUCAAUUUUCUACAAGGUUCCCUGAUUCCUCUCCCGGAGCAGUUGAUUUGCUUGAUAAAAUGCUUGUCUUUGAUCCUAGUCGUCGUAUUACAGUUGAUGAGGCACUAUGUCAUCCAUACUUGUCGCCGCUUCAUGAUAUUAAUGAGGAACCCGUUUGCGCAAUG